GCUUCUCUUCUCAUUGUAGAUGAAUUUUUUCUAAUGACACAUUUUUGCCAGCCUCUAUAGUAGCCUCCAUACAAACACGCUUCAUGUUAAACCCCCUGGUAGUCUCCCCUGCAGUAUUCCUCUGCCCUAUCAACAAGAUGUUUUCGGAAACAAAGUUUUCUUUAUCGAUCAAUCAGUUUCUUGUUGGUUAGUAGAUCCUUCAGGAGCUAUGUCUGCAUACCCACCACCACAGCCGGUGGAGGCCACCCCUGACGGUCCUUGUUAUCUUGCCAAUCCCGCCGGUUGGUUAUCCUACCAAGGAGUCAAGGACAGUUCCACCUCCGGGUACCCCCAAAAUACACAUCCCCGAAACAAGGGUGAUGUCUUCUGGAAGGGAUGGUGGGCAAUUUUGUGCUUGGUGCUGCUGCUGUCUGCUUGAUUUCUGCCGCCAUUGAGAAAUCUGGGAUUCCUACAAUUUCCCACUGUUUUCAUUUGAUUGCUGUUCCUAGUGUUUCAUGAUGUAUUUCCCGAACAUUUUCGAGACAAUUAUCUAUUAAACUCAUUGACUACAA